GGACACACAGCCACAUCCCUAACACCGCGCGGGGUGAAGGAAGAACGCAAUUAAAAGAUGAUUCGGCAACCGCUGAGGAACAUGCUCAGUGGAGUAGCAGAGCCGUUUCUGUUCCUUGUCGUCUUGACCUGCUGUCUGCCGGACGCAGCCGUGUGCCAGCCCAGCGGCGGCAGCGACCUGCAACUGCCGUUCGAGCUGCGUCGAUUGGCGUUCGGCAGCUGCGCCAAGCAAAAGUACGUUCGGCAGCCCAUAUGGGACGUGGUUGCGGCCACUCAGCCUGAUGCCUUCAUCUGGACCGGCGACGCACACUAUGCGAGUGGACAUCUGUCCAAGGAAGGGAAGCACACGAAUGCAUUCCAUUUUGUGUGUGUAUGUGUGUCAGAUUGUUCGAGUGUGGCGUGUCUGCGGGAGGGGUACGCCAAGCAGUCGUCCGUGCCCGAGUACGCGGCCUUUGUGGGGAGCAAGGAUGCCGAUGGGCGGCCGGUUGUCGGCGGCAUGUGGGACGACCAUGACUAUGUAUGGGAUUCUCCACACACACACACAUCUAUCCAUCUGUCUGUCUGUCUGUCUGGGUGGCUGGCUGCACUCGCUGCAGGGUGUGAACGACGGCGGCCAGUUCUACUCAUUGAAGAACACCUCUCAAUCGCUCUUCCUCGACUUCAUCGGCGUGCCCACAGACUCGCCCCGCCGCUCACGGCAGGGCGUCUACUCGUCACUCUCAUUCGGCACACCGCCACACAAGACCAAGCUGCUGAUGCUCGACACGCGCUUCUUCCGUGACUGGCCCCUGCUACCCUCGGUGGGCUCCAUACGGCUGCCGGGCUCUGCCUUCAUUGGCGCACUGGUGCGAUUCAGCCUGGCUUUCUUCGGGUGGGUGGGUGGCUGGGUCUGUGUGGUCUGCCGGUGCAUUGAAUAUGUGUGUGUGUGUAGGUUUGGUGAGGGCUACAGCGGUGACGUGUUGGGUGAGGACCAGUGGAUGUGGCUGGAGGAACAGCUGACGCACUCGGACGCGGCGGUGCACGUCAUCCUCUCAUCCAUACAGGUAGCCAGCCAGCCACACGAGUUAACGAGUCGUGUGCGCGAGGGCGUGAUUGAUUCGUAUUUUUAUGUGUGUAGAUCAUGACAAUGUGUGCCGUCUUUGAGUCCUGGGGGCACUUCCCCAUCGCUAGGUACACACACACACGCCAUCAGACACACACGCGGUUAGUCCUGUCUGUCUGUCUGUCUGUCAUCAGGCAGCGUCUGUUCUCGCUCCUCCAGCGCACCAAGCCGAAGGGCCUCAUCUUCAUCAGUGGCGACGUGCACUUCGGAGAGGCCAUCGGCAAAUCAGUCAGCCUCUAGCUGACUGACAUGGCACGUAGCCGCCGACCACUCACCACCCCAUUUUUCCUGCUCUUUGCGUACGUGCAGAGUGGGGUCGUGGAGGUGACGUCGAGCGGCCUCACCCACAGCUGCGCCACAGCCACGCUGGUCGGCCCACUGUGCGAGCCCCUGCUCGUCAGGUGCCCACACAUGAGGCUCGACCACAAUGCCACCGCGUACUACGUGAGGGAGAACUUCGGUCUGCUCGAUGUCCGGUUCGAGCCGCCGGAUGCGCCGACGCCCAAGCGGGUGCACCUGCAUGCGGCCGUGUUGGAUGAGGAUGGGAGGGAGCGGAUCACGGCUAAUGUGACACGAAGGUAAGGUAUGGACCAGACAAUCAGUCGCGGUGACGCCUGGCAAUGUCGUCUGUGUGUAUGUCAGCCUCUCUGAUGAUCCGUCUGUGCCUCUGCGGUAUCUGGAUGAGGUGCCAUCCUUAAUUAGACACACGUACGUGACGUGAGCCUAUCCUCCCACACAUGAGAGCAGUGCCCUCAGACACGUCCUCCCUCUCCCUGCCUCUGUGUGUGUGUGUGGGUGUUCAGGUCUCCGGUGACCAAAGGGGCGGUUUUUGCUGUUUUGGGGUUGGUGAUGCUUGUGGGUGGGCAGGUCUUUGUGGUGCUGUGUGUGUCGAUACUGCGGCUGUGCAGUGGGAAGAAGAAGGGCAAGAGGAAGACUGGAUGAAACGGGUAGGUAGAGUGUCGGAUGUUCACGUGAUAGAGACUUCUGUGUGUCCGAAUCAAUCUAAUCUAUCUGCCGAUC